AAAGUAAUCAAAAUUUUGACGUAACUGUAGGAUAAGUAUUUUGGAAAACGCGGGAAAAUCGUAACCUAAAAUUACGCUUUAAUCGUCAGUGUAUAUUUUUAAUUUCUGCCAUUAUUCCAAUUUUGUGGGUCAAUUUACGAUUUUUAAGAUGGCGGGCGCAAUGCUUUUCGAGCGGUCGCAAGUUGUUAAUAAUCGAGAUAAAGAGCUACAAUCGUUGAUAUGUAGCGAAGAUGAACCCGAAAAUGAAGAAGAAAAGAUUAAGAAUCAAGAGCAAGAUAUUCUCAAUAAAGGGGAACAGUUCAAAAAGGAAGGAAAGGCGCAAGAACUGGCGGAGUUGAUAAAAGGUACCAGACCUUUUCUAAGUUUAAUAAGUAAAGCGAAAGCUGCUAAACUGGUUAGGUCGCUAGUCGACUUCUUCUUGGAUUUAGAAGCCGGAAUCGGUAUCGAAGUGCAACUGUGUAAGGAGUGCAUAGAAUGGGCAAAAGAAGAACGACGAACCUUCCUACGACAGUCCCUGGAGGCUCGUCUUGUCGCUUUAUACUUUGAUACCGGAAUGUACCCCGAAGCCUUACAAUUAGGGUCCACGCUACUUAAGGAACUGAAGAAAUUAGACGACAAAAACUUAUUGGUAGAAGUCCAACUGUUGGAGAGUAAGACGUAUCACGCACUCAGCAAUUUACCAAAAGCUCGUGCCGCUUUGACAUCAGCUCGAACUACCGCAAAUGCCAUAUACUGUCCACCAAAAAUGCAAGCUGCCUUAGAUUUACAAUCGGGAAUACUACACGCCGCUGACGAGAAGGAUUUUAAAACUGCCUACUCAUACUUCUACGAGGCGUUUGAGGGUUUCGACAGUGUGGAAUCGGCAAAGGCGCUAACAGCACUUAAAUACAUGUUGUUAUCGAAAAUCAUGCUUAAUAAUCCCGAAGACGUUCAACUGAUUGUCAGUGGUAAACUCGCAAUUAAGUACGCUGGACGAGAUAUAGACGCAAUGAAAAGUGUAGCACAAGCUUCCCACAAACGAUCCCUGGCCGACUUUCAGCAGGCAGUCAAACAGUACAAGCACGAACUCGAGGACGAUGUGAUCGUACGUGCACAUUUGGGAACAUUGUACGAUAAUAUGCUGGAACAAAAUUUGUGUCGUAUCAUCGAGCCGUAUUCACGAGUGCAAGUUGAGUAUAUUGCAAGGACUAUUAAACUUCCGAUGCCACAGGUAGAAAAGAAACUCUCACAAAUGAUUUUGGAUGCCAAAUUUCACGGUAUUUUAGAUCAAGGCGAAGGUGUUCUAAUCGUUUUCGAAGACACCCCUGUAGAUAAAACGUACGAAAUGGCAUUAGAAACUAUACAAAGCAUGAGUAAAGUAGUAGAUACGCUUUAUCAAAAGGCUAAAAAACUAUCAUAGAUUUUAUUUAAUUAAUUUAACUGUAAUUUACUUACUUUCAAUUAAAAAAGUCAUUUUUUGGUAGAAA